AUGGCAGCGCCGAGCCGCAUCAAUGUACAGAUCCCAACCUCCCAGGCCCCGCUAAGCAGCUGGCUCUACCCAUGCACAUCCAGAUCCCAGUCCGCAAUAAUUCUCGCUCAUGGCCUGGGCGCAACCAAAGAGCUUAAGCUCUCAAGCUACGCAGCCGAGUUCCAAAAAGCCGGCUACACAUGCAUCGUCUUCGACUACCGGUGCAAUGGCGAGACUGCAGGGCAGCCCCGAGCACUGGUAGACUGGCAAAUGCAGCAAGAAGAUUGGAGAUCGGCAAUUGCAUACACGCGACAACUAGACGGCAUUGACCCCGACUGCGUGGCGCUGUUUGGAACGUCCUUUAGCGGAGGCCAUGUUAUUCAACUUGCUGCAGAGGACAGUCGCAUUCGAGCCGUUAUUUCUCAAUGUCCGUUUACAGACGGCGUGAGAAGCUCGUUGACUGUCGGAUUGAAGGCUUUGCCCGGGUUGAUCUGGGCUGGAGUACGGGAUAGCCUUUUCGGAGAUACUUCUGUCAACCUCGUCGGGGCACCUGGGGAGGGUAAGUUCAUCCUUCAAUAUGCUCGAGUAAUGCUCACGUGUUGUUUAGUUGCACUGAUGAAUGCACCCGAUGUAUUGAAAACCUUUCGCGGGCUUGUUCCUGAAGGGUAUGCAUUCCAAGAGGAAGUCCCAGCUCGAUUGGUUUUGCGACUCCCCUUCUUGAAACCUGGGAGUUAUGCAUCCAAGGUGCAGUGCCCUAUCUUCUUUGCAGUAUGUGGAACCGAUUCUGUUGCGCCGGCGGGUCCGACGCUUUCCUACGCAAAGACUGCACCGAAAGGAGUUGUUGAGCUGUAUGAUGAAUUGGGACAUUUCGAGAUUUAUUACGGUGACGCUUUCCAGAAAGCUAUGUGUCAUUAUGUUAAAUUCUUGCAAGUGAAUCUACCUACUGAUCCUGCCAGGAGCUGUUGA